AUGUCAGGCCAGACACUCAACGAUCUCAUAUCGACCGUCUUUCUGCAAGCGUCCAAUCCGCCCCCAGCACCGCCGCCUCAGCAGUUUGACCCUCGCGCAGCCUCCUCCUCCACCGCCUCAUCCUCCUCCUCAAGCACAACCGACCCAGCCGUCGCAACACUCUCCCUCCUUACCCGGGCACAGCAGAUAUCCGACUCGAUCGGCGUCAUCUCCUCCAACGACGCGCUUCGUGACAUCUCCACCUCGUCCCUGCGCACGCUCUUCCUCCCCUCCCUCGCGGCGGAGUUGCACACGAGCGUACGCACGGGCACCGACCAUGCAGCGCGGAAGCAGCGGUUGCGCUCCAGUCAAGAAGCCGCCGCAAAGUUCCUCAACCGCGUGAUUGCGCUAGGUGUGGUGCCGCCAACAACGAAGCAGCUGGUUGGGUGGACGCGGGCGAGUGUGCCCGAGGGUGAACUGACCGAUGCAGGCGUGGAUGUCAGCUGGGUAGGCACCGAAGCACCACCGCACACACGAGAGGUCAAGAUUGCCACGUUCAAGCUCGAGCGUGCGCUGAAGAGCAACUUGCAGUCCUUCAGGGAGGCAUAUCGGGCGAAGCGGAAGUUCAAUGGCAUAGCGCCGGAUGAUGUGGUUUACGAUCUGCUGCUGUACCCUUCUCAGCGGGACGACGACGACGAGGGAGAUGAUGACGAUGGGGAGAACGAAACGUCCGAGACCUCCGCACCAGGAGGCAUCGCUUCAGUACGACAGUACCUCCUAGCGCUGCUCAACCUACACGUCCUGCGCAACGCCUCCCUCCUCGCCUCGUCCUCGCAAGAACUCCAAUUGCUUCGAUCCAUGCCACCGCCGCAACCCACCAACCCCUCUUCCACCUCCGAAUCGGAAUGGCGUCUCGACCGACCCACCUCCGGUCUCCCCACCAGCGGUCCCCUCCUCGCACCGACAGGCAAAGUCCUCCGACCGUUCACCAUCACGCCUUCCACGCGCGCCGAGGUGGCCGCAUCGGUCUUCCAGCCCUCCUACCGUCUGCCGACCAUGUCGAUCGACGAGUAUCUCGAAGAGGAGCAACGGCGCGGGAACAUCAUCCAAGGAGGCGGUCAAGCGAGUUACGAUGCGCCAACCAGCACCGAGACGCGUCAAUUGCGUGCUGAACAGGACGGAACACUCGAUGCCGAGGAGGCGGAGGAAGAACAGCGACAGAAGGAUAUCCAUUGGGACCGCUUUGCCGAGGAGAACCAGAAGGGAGCGGGAAACACCAUGAACCGCGGCUAA